AUCGAAGGAGGAGGGAGUGUGAAUGCACCAAAGAAUGUAGCUCAACAUAGAUAGAUCGCCAUAGUUCAAUUCUUUGCAAAAUCAUGAUCGACCUUUGGUGGACACAUCUCUAAACUUUAGUCUACUUUUAUGUUGCAGUAAUUGUGAGAAUACGAAAAUGCCCAUAACCAUAAGGAAUAUUACUGUUUUGCCAUUUGUCCACCCGCAACACUGAAACCUCUGUUAACCCCUUCUUCCUCACAGCGCAGUAAGCUCAGCUUUGCUCUCUCUGUGAAACACCAUGAGUUCACCAUUGAAGCAAUCUCAACUAACCCAAACAAUCAUCACUCUCCUUUCUUCCUCCAAAUCCCUCCCUAAAUCCUCCCUCCAAUCCUACCUCCCUCAGUUAACCCCUUCCAUAAUCCACUCCAUUCUCUCCUCCCCUUCCCUCACAUCUCGUCCUUCCACUCUCUUCUCCUUCUUCCAAUGGUCCCACUCCCAUAUCCCUUCUUUCUCUACUCACCCACUCCCUUUCCCUUCUCUUCUCCCUCUACUAAUCUCCCUCUUAUCACAUCGCAAGUCCCAUUUAGCAAGAUCCCUUCUUCUCACUUUUAUCCCUUCUGAUCACCCUCAAAACCUCCUCCAUCGUCAUCUCCUUCACCCCAUUUCAUCUUUCCCUCAACCCUCCAAGGAAUUGUUGGAUACUGCAAUUGGUGCUUAUUGCCAAUGUGGGAAACCCCAUCUCGCCAUUCAGAUUUUCAAGAAAAUGAAACGGAUUCGGAUUUGUCCAAAGUUGCUGACUUUCAAUACGUUGAUUAAUGGUUUAGUUAAGUACCCUUCUGCUCAUUCUGUUUAUUUGUGUAAUGAGUUGUUUGAUGAUGCAAUUAAGCUUGGUUUUGUGCCAAAUACGAAUACGUUUAAUAUUUUGAUUAGAGGUUAUUGUUUGGUUUAUAAGUAUAAGGAGGCGAAUGAGUUGUUGAAUAGAAUGAGUGAGUUUGGAUGUGUGCCGGAUAAUGUGAGUUAUAAUACUAUAUUGGAUGGUUUGUGUAAGAAAGGUAGGUUGAAUGAUGUCAGGGAUUUGUUGGAGGAUAUGAAGGGUAAAGGUCUUGUACCGAAUAGGAAUACUUAUAAUAUUUUGGUACAUGGUUAUUGUAAAAUUGGGUGGUUGAAGGAUGCUACUCAGAUUGUCGAGCUGAUGACGCAGAGUAAUAUUUUGCCUGAUGUUUGGACUUAUAAUAUGUUGAUUGAUGGUUUGUGUAAUGAAGGAAGCGUUGAUGAGGCGUUUAAGAUUCGGGACGAGAUGGUAGGAUUGAAAUUGUUGCCUGAUGUGAAGACGUUUAACACCUUGAUCAAUGGGUGUCUUGAUAAUAAGAGAAGUUCGGAGGCCUUUGAUCUACUUGAAGAGAUGAAUAAGGAGGGAAUCAAAAGUGAUGAAUCUACGUACAAUACAUUGAUUAAAUGGCAUUGCACAGAAGGGAGGAUGGACAAAGCUAGAGAGGUACUUCAAAGGAUGGAAGAAGGUGGUUUAUGUCCAGAUUGUGUUUCCUAUAAUACUUUGAUAAGUGGAUAUUGUAAAGCAGGAAAUCUAUCAGAAGUAUUGAGGAUUAUGAAACGUAUAGGUGAAAAAGGUUUGAAAAUGGAUAAUUUUUCUCUCAAUACAGUGCUUCACACUCUUUGUCAAGAAAGGAAGCUUGAUGAGGCCUACGAGUUGCUCUCUAUUGCUCAUACGAGGGGCUAUCUUGUUGAUGCAGUAAGUUAUGGGACUCUUAUUGCUGGCUACUUUAGGUGUGGAGAUAUGGAAAAAGCUCUUAAGCUUUGGGAUGAGAUGAAAGAAAGAGAUGUAAUUCCCACUAUUGUCACCUACAACAUCAUAAUUGGAGGGCUAUGUAAAUCGGGUAAAACUCAGCAGGCAAUUGCCAAACUGAAUGAACUUUUGGAGAAGGGUAUAGUGCCUGAUGAAAUAACAUAUAAUACUAUUAUUCAUGGAUACUGCUGGGAGGGAAACAUUGAGAAAGCAUUUCAAUUUCACAACAAAAUGGUUGAGAAUUCUUUUAAGCCUGAUGUAUAUACGUGCAACAUUCUUCUUCAGGGACUUAGUAGGGGAGGCAUGCUUGAAAAAGCCAUUAAGCUCUUUAGUAUGUGGAUUGAUAAAGGGAAGACCAUUGAUGUAGUAACUUAUAACACCUUAAUAACAGCUCUUUGUAAAGAUCAAAGAUUUGAAGAUGCUUUGGGCCUUUUUGCUGAAAUGGAAGAGAAAAAUGUCCAGCCUGAUAAGUACACACAUAAUGCUAUUGUUGGUGCACUUACUGGUGCUGGAAGGAUUAAAGAAGCCGAAGAAUUUAUGACAGACAGAGAAAGAUCAUCGGAGCAGUUGCAAAUUGAUAACAAGGAACAUGAACUCAGAGCUGAUGAACUAGAUCCAAGUUCAAUUGCUUAUUCGCAGCAGAUUGAUGAGCUUUGUGCGGAUGGAAGAUAUAAAGACGCAAUGCAUAUCUAUGCACAAGUCACUCAGAGCGGUAUUGCUCUACAAAAGUCUACUUAUUUCUCUCUGAUAAAAGGACUCAUCAAGAGGAGAAAAAGUAUAUCGAAGACAGGUUGAUAGUGACGCCAAAACUUUGGUUCUGGCUGAGUAUGAUGACUUCAGUUUCUAUGCCCAGUAUGCAACACUGCAAGGAUACAAGUGAUUAAUCCACCAGAGAGAGCAUGGUUUUUCUCUCGUCAAAGAGGAUUGAGACCGUGAGAUCCUCUAUCUCCUUUUCUCGUUAUGAUGAGACGUAUCACUGUUGAUUUCAUGCAAUACUACUUGUGGAAGAGUUGGCACAUCGUAGCACCUUUAAAGGUGUUCACCAAAAAAAAAAACAAGCUUCUCUUCACUAGUGACAAAAGAAAUGUGUCUCAUCCAGUCUAAUCUCUAGAAAAGACAAAUGCAACUUUGUAGCAAAUGUCCUCCAUGCAAGAAGUACCCUAAAGAGAUCUAUCAUCUUCUUUUGCACUUGCUCAGUAGCAAUUCGAGUCUGUCAGUAGACAUCUCUGUGCAAUUCACAUCUCACUCAGUAUGGUGGAAGUAGUAGAUCAGGACACAGGUUCAUCCACAUCGGCUCCCCGAUCAAUCGAUGUGGGGAAUCCAUUGUAUAUACAUCCCUCUGAUAGCGCAGAUACGUCUAUAGUACCUGUUCCUUUUGUUGGUGUUGGUUACCGAUCCUGGAGGAGAGGUGUGCUUCGAUCCCUCUAAGUGAAAUGGGAACGUUGCGAUGCUAUGGUCUCAUCUUGGAUUCUCAACUCGUUGAGCAAAGACAUGGUUGAUAGCGUAGAAUAUGUGUCUGAUUCCCUGGAGCUGUGGAAUGAACUAGAAGAUCGAUACGAUCAGACGAAUGGAGCAAAAUUGUACCAACUACAAAAGGAGAUCAAUGAUCUCAGUCAAGGAACAAUGGACAUUCCUACAUAUUACACUAAGAAGAAAAAGCUUUGGGAAGAGCUAAAUACCCUGUGUACUAAGAGCGAAUGCAGUUGUGUGUGUAGCUGUGGAGCUAAGGAGACUAUGCACAAGGCCGAGCAAGAUAGACGACUCAUCCAAUUUCUCAUGGGUCUUAAUGAGGUUUACACCAUAAUCAGAGGUAGUUUACUGAUGAUGAACCCUUUGCCAUCUAUGGGACAAGCAUUCGCAUUGUUGGUUCAAGAAGAAAAACAAAGGGAGUUCAAGCCCAUUCCUCACACAUUAGCAGAAUCUUCUCCUCUUAAUGUUGGUACUUCUGGAAAUUACCUGGGAGGGGGUAGACCUGGCAAUGGCAAGAGCUUUCGAACAAAUUAUAAUAUCAAUUACGACAAUGGAACUAGGUCAAGACCUUUUUGUAACUAUUGUAAGAAAUUAGGGCACACCAGGGACAAGUGCUUCAAAAUUCAUGGUUAUCCCAACAAGUUCAUGCCUAUUCCAGGUCAACAUAAUCAGAAAAAUCAAAUUUACAACACUAACUCUAGAGUAAACAAGGGUAAAGGAGUUGCAGCAAAUGUUCAUGGAGAAAUGUAUGAGAACUGCACCAGUGAAAAGAUUGAAGCUGGGGAUCUGAAUCACAACACCUUGUCCAAAGAACAAUACAAUCAGCUGGUUGAUUUGUUACGACAAUUCCAAGUUGGAACCACAAGGGAUGUGCCUACUGUCAAAAUCAAUACAAAAAUCUAUGCUCCAUCCCUGUCAAAUUAUCACCUAAACAACCUUUCUUUUGUCCUAUUUGCCCUUUGGCAAGGCAGUCAAGGCUGCCCUGCCCUACAAAAACAACAGUUUCAUCCCAACUGUUUGAUCAGGUACACGUGAAUUUAUGGGGUCCAUACCAUGUCAAAACCCAUGACAACUUUAGUUAUUUCAUUACCUUAGUAGAUGACCAUAGUAGUAGUCACAUGGAUUCAUUUGUUAAGUAGUAAGAGCAAUGCCCUGCAAGUCAUAAAAGCCUUUGUUUCCUUAGUUGAGAACCAGUUCCAAAUCACAAUAAAAGCCCUUAGAUCAGAUAAUGGUCUAGAAUUCAAUAAUCAUGAGACUAGGUCAUUUCUUCAAUCAAAAGGAAUCAUACAUCAGAAAUCAUGUCCAUAUACACCACAACAAAACGGUGUGGUGGAGAGGAAGCAUAAGUACUUACUUGAGACAGC